ACUCGCACAAACUCUCUCGGCCGCCGCCGUCCCUCACUGCGUGCGGGGCCGCCGGGCCGCCAGGGGGCGCUGCGCCCGCUCGGCCAUCGCCGCUCCGCCCCCCCUUUCCGCCUCCUCGGACGCCGCCAUCGCCGGGACGCCGCGCCGCUCCGCGCCAUGUCGUCGCACAAGACGUUCAAGAUCAAACGCUUCCUCGCCAAGAAGCAGAAGCAGAACCGGCCCAUCCCGCAGUGGAUUCGCAUGAAAACUGGCAAUAAGAUCAGGUACAACUCCAAAAGGAGACACUGGAGGAGGACCAAACUGGGCUUGUAAAGAGAGACUGUCCCGGGAGCUCUAAGGAACAUUGGUCUUUCUGUGUCAGAUCGAUAACACCCUCAAGUCAUUCCUUCUGUGGUGCUGGAGUGCAGUCCCCAGUGUGGGGUUUUUAUAAGCUGGUCUGAGAUGUUGAUGUUAACUGGGAAAAUCUUUGUAUCUGAAACAUGGAGACUGUGUUCUAUAGUGUUCUUUCCGGCAUCACCGUGAGCAUUCACACUGCACAGGCUUGCUAAUAAAUAUGGACCUGAAUGA